CCCCUCUUCAAGAAAAAGGCAAAAUUUAGAUGACUCCAAAUCUACUCAUUUACAGAAAAAAAAUACUAUCGCCCAAACAGUCGGCUCGAUCCAGUCGGUAUAUUCUGUUCCUGAGUAUGAAGUGUCAAAAAAACGUUACUCAGAUCAGGACGCAGCUCCGUUUUUGAUCCAUAUACAUCAACAUUUUAGCUCUCGGUGAACGAUCUCCGCAGUAUUAAAGUUCUUAGUCUCUAGUCGCAACCUUGUUCAUUCACAAAUCCCUCUUUACAUAGUUCAAUAUAAUAUUGGCACAUGACAUUGGCGAAAUCUAUAAGGAAACGCCACUAACCAAAAAGAAGAAGAAGAACGCUAUCAACAAUUUGCAUAUCUGAAGUAGUAUUGUGAUUGCCGGAGCUAACUUUGUAACUAGUGCAAUAAGAGAAUAGCAAUGAAAACCACUAUUGACGUGGAUUCCUUGCGCACGGAGCACGAAUCGGACGAGCAAUGGGAAGUGAGACGCAGCUUCAUGAUGGAGCAUAAAGAUAACUUCGAGGAAUCCGAAUUGAUCACUCUCGCACAGUUGUUCACGAAUAUAGAGUUCCUGGGAUGCAGAUAUCCUCAACAGACUAUGAAAAGGAUAGCAAAACUAGCUGAGAAAGUGUUGGCGCAGUAUAAAAAAACAAGAGAGAACAAAUUGAAGAGGACAUUUGUUCAAGCGAGUGACGCGGCUGAGCAGAAAGCUAAACGAUCAUUCAAAUAAUGUAAUGUGGGCGGAAUUAAAGCUCAAAUACAACUACACAGAGGGAAUAUUAUAUCCACCGUCACCAGGUGACAUCUGUUUUUGAUAAAUUAAUUAAAAGAUUAAAAUUCUAGCAAA